AUGAAACAAACAGCCUAAAUAUUCUGUUAAGAUCCAAAAAUCAGAUAAUCUCAGUGCAUAGAUGAAAGAAUGAAACUCUAUGAUGAAGUAUUGUGCAAGACUCUUGGUAAGACCUAUCCAGCCAUUAAUCAAACUGUUAAUUAAGAUUGCCAAUUAGAAAAGCUGCCUCAAUAAAAUACAUUGCUCGAUUCCUUUAUCAAAAAUCUCCUUAUGAGUGACAAAGGGUUACUAUGUUUUGUUACAAUCAAUACUAACAAAAUAGGUAACCCUAAACAUAACCUAAACCUCAAUUAAAUUAAAAUCAACAGCAAUUUCAAAGAUAACCUCCCAAUUACAAUUACAAUUAAUAAUAAGACCGUUACAAUGAAUCUCAAAUUCCAAUUUAACAAAGACAUGUAAUGA